AUGUCUACCAACUCCCAAGCACCGCUGAUGCCGCCUCCAGCCCGAAUUUACGCAAGAGAGAAUGCCACCUUGACCAGAGAGAAUACGGACUGUCCCAGCAAUGACAAAGAGGAUCAAUACUUAAGAAUGCUAAAGGAAGAGGACCAAAUGGACGCAACCUACAACAUCACAGCUAGUGCGGCCAACUGGGCGCUUCUAGCCGGGUACCUUGUCAUCCCAGGUACCUUCGCAUCACUCCAGACAUCCAAGGAAAUUGAACAUGUUUUGACAUCUAACAAAACGGGCCGCGUUAUAUUCCACACCAUUCAAAAUCCACCACUGCUCGGGAUUGCCUGUUUGUUUCUUGCAAGCGGCAUAGCAGCAAUGCUGUGGAUACUUCACUUCCCGCGCCUAAGGGGAAACUACGUGUGGCUGACGAACAAGAUUUUCAUGCCAGUGACUUUAAACGCCGGUGCGGGACUGCUUACCACCUUGAUCAAUGUUUUUGCAUCAAAUCGAGGGGUUUGGUCGGUGAUGUCUAUCGUAACAACUGUUGUAACAGGGGCAACAUUUAUUAUCUUUUUGGCUGUUUUCCUAGUUUACAAGCUUUAUAAACUACCACCAUUGAACGGGCAAAGAAUUGGUCUCCAAAAUCCCCAAAAUCCGUCACACGGCCGCACGGAAGGUUCCGAAACAUCUGCAGCGGGUGGUGAUAAAAGCUGA